CGAUUCUCAUACCAACACUGUGCACCAAAAAGCAGAAGUGAUCAGGAGGAUGUGUGACAGCUCACUUGUGUCCAGGACUAAGCGGUAGCACGUUGCUGUUGUCUGUGAUUCGGCCGCUGAGCUCCAGCCCUCUCUGGAGUAGUACACCCAGUCUCAGUGGGAAACUCAACCAGUCUCCCCUUCCUUCCCUGGCAGGGAGCAGCCGUCAGCAUGGAGGACACCACAGCCAUAGUCACCACAGACCAUUGUGCACCAGUCACCAAAGCUGCAAAGCAGCAGGCCCCAGGUGAUGAGGAGGACGAGGAAGCUGGGGGCUGGGACAUAGGAACAGAAAGCUGGAACACACAGAGUGCCGCUUCUGCUGUGAUGAAACUCCCUGUGCUCACGCAGCCUGGCCUGGGGGUAACCACGACAACAGUGACCACCAUCACUCAGACGGGAGGGGACUGGAGCAGCAGUCUGUUCAACGUGUGUGGAGACAGGAGCACAUGUCUCUUAGGGGCCUUUGUGCCCUGUUGCUUGGACCUGAGUCUGGCCCACCAGUACGGGGAGUGUCUGUGUCUGCCCCUGCUCCCUGGCUCCACAUUCGCCAUGCGGGUGGGCAUCAGGGAGAGAUACAAGAUACAGGGCAGCGUCUGUGAGGACUGGACUACAGUGUAUUGCUGCUACCCCCUGGCCAUCUGUCAGAUGAUCCGAGAGAUGAAGAGGAGGAUGAAGAGCCAAACCUACAAGGUAUCCACUGCACUAGAGUGCUCCUGACAACAUGGCUGUCUGUGUGCUAGAUUCAUUCAUCCAGGCCAGGACCACAUCUUAUUCAUAUUACAAUAUUCAUGAUCUAACCUUGGUACCUAUAGCAAACUUGGCUUGUGUAUAGAACCUUCAGAGGCUCAUGUCAUUUCAUUGGUGCAUCACUGAUGUCUGCAUAUUACUAUGUCACAGAUGGAUGGAUGAUUACUAUGUCACAGAUGGAUGGAUGAUUACUAUGUCACAGAUGGAUGGAUGAUUACUAUGUCACAGAUGGAUGGAUGAUUACUAUGUCACAGAUGGAUGGAUGAUUACUAUUACAGAUUACUAUGUCACAUCCGUCUAGAUGGUGAUUAUUACAGGUCUCUAUGGGGGUCAUCAUACUACAGGUGCCCGUUUGGUGUCUUAUGAGAGCCCUCGUGAUCAUUCUAGGGUUUCUGAGGACAUCCCUGUUAAAGAUGAGUCGGGCAUAUGUAAAGUAAAGUUGGUUAAGUUAAGAAUUAAGUUAAGAAUGUAUUUGGGGAUGGGGACUUGGAGUAGGCUUAGUAUUUGAGCCUAUGUUGGAUGUGGAACAUCAGUGAUACUUUACCAGACAAUGUUUCAUAAAUGUUUGUAAAGUAAAAUAAAAUUCCUAACCAAUUGUAUGAAACAGUCCAUGUAGGCUAAGCCAUUAAAUAAUAAAACCUAUUU